CCGCCACUGCUCUGUGCCACGUCCACCAGAGCCGACUAUGCACCGCGACCAGAUCAAGGAGGAGCUCGUCGUGCUCCAGGCGAGCCUGACGCAGGAGGGAGAGAUGACGAUGGUGGACGAGUCUGCGAGGGCUCAGUGGGAGCCAGUCCUAGCCGAUGCCGCCCCCGUCUCCUCCUCCCUCCCCCUCCCCACGCUCUCUCUUCGGCUCGCGCCCGACGUCGACCUCGGUGUCGAAUACCUCGAUGGCGACGAGCUUCCCGACCUUUCGCUGCACUGCCUGACGUUCGGGCGAGGCGAGCAGGCGAGCCUCAGAGCAGAACUCGAGCGCGCAGUCGAGCAGGUCCAGGGCGAGGACUCGCAGCUCCCCGUCUUUACCGUCUUUACCGCCCUGCAAGCCUACCUCGCCGACCAUCCACCUCAAGCCGCCGUCUCGCGAGCUGCGUCCGCCGAGGCCGAGCCGCCUCAAGCACCACAAGCUGGCCCGUAUCGCCUCAAGACGACGCUCCUCUGGUCGCACCACCUUCUCGCGACGAGCAAGCGCAAGGACAUUGUCGCGUGGAGCACCGAGCUGUCCCUCUACGGCCUGUCCAAGCCUGGGUACCCGGGCGUCAUCGUCGUCGAGGGCGAGCAGCACAACGUCGACGAGUUCGUCCACCGCAUCAAGCAGCUACAGUGGAAGGCGCUCCAAGUGCGGUGCGAGAUCGACGGUGCCGUCGUCGAGGCGGCGACGCUCGACGAGCAGGGCGUGAGCGUCAAGGACGCGCCCGUGUGGGUCGUCAGGCGGCGGACGCACCUCGGCCCGGUACUCGACCCGCAGGCGAGGGGCAAGGUGUGCGUGCGCGAGGUCGAGGGCCUGAACGAGGUGGGCGACAUCAUGAGGGCGGCCGGGCUCGAGGACGUGUUCCAUACUGCACUGAAACUGAACAACACCACCGCACCCGCACAGCCCCACCGGCGCGCCCUCGCCAUGCCCAAAGGCUGGUCGUCCUCAUCGCGUCGCCGCGAGUCGGACGACGACGAGGGCGGCACAGCGCUCGUCGACGCCCAGCCGGACGACAUCAUCAAGCCCGCCGGCAUCGAGAACGGCCAAACGCCCCCUUUUGGCGCCCUGUGCGGCCUGUUCGAGCAGUUCGAGAGCAUCACCCGCAACAAGCACAAGAAGAACGAGAAGAAGGGCGAGGUCCUGCAGCGCUUCUUCGAGCGGUGGAGGACCGAGGUCGGCCCCGACUUGUACCCUGUCGUCCGCCUCAUGCUUCCCGAGCGCGACACCCGCCGCCGUACGUACAACCUCAAGGAGCAGAAGCUCGCCAAGGCGCUCAUCGCGGCGCUCGACAUUCCGCCGCACAACAGCACGGCGCUCAAGCUCCUCAACUGGAAGGUCCCGACUGCUCAAGAUCCCGGCGCCGGCGAGUUUGCCUCGGUCGCGAUGGAGGUCAUCAAGAGCCGCUCGCUCGUCAUCCGCCGCAUCAGCGACACGUCCAUCGACGACAUCAACGACAUCCUCGACCAGCUCGCGCACUCGAAGAACGCGCCGCCGAACGAGCAGGGCAAGACGCGCAGCAUGCAGGCCGAGCACGCGAGCAUCCUCAAGAGCUGCGUCCAGAAGAUGACGCCGGCCGAGAUGAAGUGGCUCAUCCGCAUCAUCCUCCGCGACCUCAAGAUCGGCAUGGGCGAGAAGACGAUCUUUGACCGCCUGCAUCGCGACGCCGCCCGCAUGUUCAACACGUGCUCCGACAUCAUGCGCGUGUGCUGGACCCUGCACGACCCGAACUACAGCCCGCAGAACGAGGACUUUACUGUCGUGCCCGGUCGCGUCUUCCGCCCCAUGCUGUGCUACCGCACGCAGCGCAACCUCGGCGACGUCGUCAAGUCGAUGCGCAUCGGCCGUGGGCCGCGCGACGCGAGCCGCGAGCUCCUCAAGGGCGAGUACCCGUCGAACGAGUUCAUCAUCGAGGAGAAGCUCGACGGCGAGCGCAUCCAGAUGCACAAGCAGGGCAGCACCUUCAUGUACUCGUCUCGCAAGAACAAGGACUACACAUACCUGUACGGCGUCAACGCGACGAGCGGGUCGCUCACGCCCUACAUCCAGGACUGCAUCGACGGCGACAUCGAGGACCUUGUACUCGACGGCGAGAUGCUCGUGUGGGACCCGGUUCUCGGCAAGUACAUGCCGUUCGGCAACCUCAAGACGUUCGCGCUCGCGAGCAAGUUCGGCAGCAGCGACCCGAGGCCCUGCUUCAAGGUGUUCGACAUCCUGUACGUCAAGGGCAAGAAGGGAGAGGGCCAGGCGCUCAUUGGCAAGUCGCUGUGGCAGCGCAAGAAGCUCCUCGGCGACCUCAUCACGCACAAGCAGGGCGUCAUCGAGAUCGCCGAAUGCACGUCGGGCUCGACGACCGACGACAUCCGCAAGACGCUCGAGCGCAUCAUGGACGAGCGCGGCGAGGGCCUCGUCAUCAAGCACCCGCUGUCGCUCUACCAGCUCGGCGGCCGCGAGCACUCGUGGAUCAAGAUCAAGCCCGAGUACAUGGACCAGAUGGGCGAGCGCAUCGACGGCCUCGUCGUCGGCGGGUACUGGGGCCAGGGUCACCGGUCGGGCUUCCUCGCGUCGUACCUCAUCGGCCUGCGCGACGAGGUCAACGGCAAAGUCGUGUUCAAGUCGUUCGCCAAGAUCGGCUCGGGGCUCAACCGGUCCGACUACGCCUGGAUCAUCGAGCAGAAGCGCGACAAGUGGAUCGAGUUCGACCGCAGGAGGCCCGAGACGGUCCCGGCGUGGUUCAAGACGGUCAACGAGUGGCCCGACGUGCUCAUCGCGCCCGACGACUCGUUCGUGCUCGAGAUCAAGGCGAGCGAGAUUGUCGGCGGCGUCGACUACGGCGCCAACAUGACGCUGCGCUUUCCUCGCGCGCUCAAGAUCCGCGAGGACAAGGACGCCGAGAGCGCCGACGACCUCCAGACUGUCCAGCUCUACCGCACGGGCCCGCACAAGCGCUCGAUCGGCGAGGACAUGAGCGCAAAGAAGAAGGCGGCGGUCAGCUCGAGCCGCAGCAACAAGGCGACGUCCAUCUCGGCGCCGCUUGGCCAGGUCGACGUCGUCUCUGAGCUCUUCCAGGGCAUCACCUUCUUCGUGUUCGACUCGGUCCCCUCGGCGCCCAAGGUCGACCUGCAGCGGCGCAUCGUCGCGCACGGCGGCACGAUCAUGCAGAAGAUUCCGCCGCCCGACAAGGACCGCAUCGUCGUCUCGCCCAAGUACCAGGGCAUCAAGAGCCGCGCCGGCGGCAGCACCGUCGACAUCUACCACCCGGACUGGGUCCUCGAGAGCAUCUACCAGGGUCGCCGGCUCCCGCCUCGCAAGCGCUACCUCGUCCACGCCACGCCCGAGACGGCCAACCUGUCUGACUACGCCGACUCGGACGCCGACGUCAAGCUCGACCAGGGCGACGACGACGACGACGACAAGCUCAUGCUCUCGCCGCCGUCGCCGACCGAGCACCGGCCGUUCGAGCGCGCGUACCGCAACUUUGGCGAGGCCGCCCUCGACAGCGAGGACGAGGCGCAGACCGAGAGCGACGACGACGCCGACCGCGUCGCGCAGUUGCGCCUCGCACGGAGCAGCUCGGGCAGCGGCGACGAGGGCAACGCCGAGUUCGGCGACUUUCUGCAGCACUUCCCGCGCCGAGGAGCGAUGCCGCCCGAGGUCAACCGGGUCAACCAGGACGCGUCGCGCCUGCAGCUCGAGUCGGUGUCGGGCAGCCAGGACACCGAGGGCCUGCUCACCGGCGAGCCGGGCGGCGGCGGCGGCGGCGUCGACCAGCUCAAGCUCGAGCCGGACUCGGUCGAGAAGGCGUCCUCGCUCGGCCUGGGCACGGGCGACAGCGAGAUGGCGCACGACCCGGCGUUCCUCUUCAAACCGCUCGUCGCCUACUUCGACACGAAGGAGGGCGCGGUCUCGAACGGUUUGGCGGCGUCGAGCAAGGCCGAGGGCGUCCAGGUCAAGGCCGACGCAGAGCUCGAGAAGGCUCGUCACACCUUUACGCGCGAGCAUGGCGUCGCUACGACCGACCUCGGCGACCCCAAGCUCACCCACAUCAUCGUCUCGAGGCUUGUGCCCGACCGUUACGUCGAGCUCGUCCGCCUCACAAGCAAGCCCAAAUACCGUCGCUUCGUCACGACCGAGUGGGUGUACAGCUGCGCCGACGAGGAGGACCUUGUCGACGAGGACGACUUCAAGCCGUGAGCGCUCGAGGAGGAGGAGGAGGAGGUCCCGCAUUUGUGUCCAUUCGUACCCCUGUCCUUUGCAAUCACUACGCCCACUUUCCGCUGU